AUGGGUGAGGUGACAGCAGAGGAGGUGGAAAAGUUCCUGGACUCAAAUAUUGGCUUUGCCAAAAAAUACUAUAAUUUUCACUACCGGGGGAAGGUCAUUUCAGAGCUCCUUGGGGCCAAGGAGGCAGCAGUGGACUUUAGCAACUACCACGAUGUGAAUAGUGUGGAGGAGAGUGAAAUCAUCUUUGACCUUCUGCGGGACUUCCAGGAGAAUUUGCAGGCUGAGAAAUGCACAUUCAACGUCAUGAAGAAGCUCUGCUUCCUCCUGAGGGCUGACCGCAUGAGCCUGUUCAUGUACAGGGCCCGCAAUGGCAUCGCGGAGCUAGCCACCAGGCUCUUCAAUGUCCACAAGGAUGCUGUCCUGGAGGACUGCUUGGUGAUGCCUGACUCUGAGAUCGUCUUCCCUCUGGACAUGGGUGUCGUGGGCCAUGUCGCACACUCCAAAAAGCUUGCCAAUGUCCCCAACACAGAAGAGGAUGAGCAUUUCUGUGACUUUGUGGACAAUCUCACAGAGUAUCAGACCAAGAGCAUCCUGGCUUCCCCCAUCAUGAAUGGGAAGGACGUGGUAGCCAUAAUCAUGGCUGUGAAUAAAGUAGAUGGACCCCACUUCACCAAGAAAGAUGAAGAGAUUCUUCUCAAGUACCUCAACUUUGUGAACCUGCUCAUGAAGGUAUUCCACCUGAGUUACCUGCACAACUGUGAGACCCGGCGUGGCCAGAUAUUGCUGUGGUCUGGGAGCAAAGUCUUCGAAGAGCUCACGGAUAUAGAGAGACAGUUCCACAAAGCCCUAUACACAGUCCGAGCUUUUCUUAACUGUGACAGAUACUCUGUAGGCCUCUUAGACAUGACCAAACAAAAGGAAUUUUUUGAUGUCUGGCCAGUUCUGAUGGGUGAGGCUCCAGCCUACUCUGGUCCGAGGACUCCAGAUGGAAGGGAAAUUAACUUUUACAAGGUCAUUGACUACAUCCUGCAUGGCAAAGAAGACAUCAAAGUAAUCCCGAACCCACCUGCCGACCACUGGGCUCUAGUAAGCGGUCUCCCUACUUACGUGGCUCAAAAUGGCCUGAUCUGCAAUAUAAUGAACGCCCCUGCAGAGGACUUUUUUGCAUUCCAGAAAGAGCCUCUGGAUGAGUCUGGAUGGAUGAUUAAAAAUGUGCUUUCCAUGCCAAUUGUCAACAAAAAGGAAGAGAUCGUUGGCGUGGCCACGUUUUAUAACCGCAAAGACGGGAAGCCCUUUGACGACAUGGACGAGACCCUCAUGGAGUCUUUGACUCAGUUCCUGGGCUGGUCGGUCUUAAAUCCUGACACCUACGAGUCCAUGAACAAACUUGAAAACAGGAAGGAUAUCUUCCAGGACAUUGUGAAAUAUCACGUGAAGUGUGAUAACGAGGAGAUCCAGACGAUCUUGAAAACCAGAGAGGUGUAUGGGAAAGAGCCGUGGGAGUGCGAGGAAGAGGAGCUGGCUGAGAUCCUGCAAGGAGAACUUCCAGAUGCGGAGAAAUACGAAAUCAACAAGUUUCACUUCAGCGACCUGCCCCUCACGGAGCUGGAGCUGGUGAAAUGUGGCAUCCAGAUGUACUACGAGCUCAGAGUGGUGGAAAAGUUCCACAUCCCGCAGGAGGCCCUGGUGCGCUUCAUGUACUCCCUGAGCAAAGGCUACAGGAGGAUCACUUACCACAAUUGGCGGCAUGGCUUCAACGUGGGGCAGACCAUGUUCUCCUUGCUGGUGACAGGAAAGCUGAAGCGGUACUUCACUGAUCUAGAGGCCUUGGCCAUGGUCACUGCUGCCUUCUGUCAUGACAUCGACCACAGGGGCACGAACAACCUCUACCAGAUGAAGUCACAGAACCCCCUGGCCAAGCUCCAUGGGUCCUCCAUCUUGGAAAGGCACCAUUUGGAGUUUGGCAAAACACUGCUGAGAGAUGAGAGCUUGAAUAUCUUUCAGAACCUGAACCGCCGCCAGCACGAGCAUGCAAUCCACAUGAUGGACAUUGCAAUUAUUGCCACGGACCUUGCUCUGUAUUUCAAGAAAAGGACCAUGUUCCAAAAGAUUGUGGAUCAGUCAAAGACGUAUGAGACUGAGCAGGAGUGGACCCAGUACAUGAUGCUGGAGCAGACACGGAAGGAGAUUGUUAUGGCCAUGAUGAUGACUGCCUGUGAUCUCUCAGCCAUCACGAAGCCCUGGGAGGUUCAGAGCAAGGUAGCUCUGCUGGUGGCUGCUGAAUUCUGGGAGCAAGGUGACCUGGAGCGCACAGUGCUGCAACAGAAUCCCAUUCCCAUGAUGGACAGAAACAAGGCAGAUGAGCUCCCCAAGCUGCAAGUCGGCUUCAUUGACUUUGUGUGCACCUUUGUCUAUAAGGAAUUCUCCCGUUUCCAUGAGGAGAUUACACCUAUGCUAGAUGGGAUCACCAACAACCGAAAGGAAUGGAAGGCCCUGGCUGAUGAGCAUGAGGCCAAGGUGAAGGCGCUGGAAGAGGAAAAGCAGAAGCAGCAGGCAGCCAAGCAAGCUGCUUCCGGGAACCAGCCAGGAGGGAACCCCAACCCAGGAGGUGCAACUGCAUCCAAGUCCUGUUGCAUCCAGUAGCUGAAGGCACUGCCAGCAGGUGGCACAGCCCUCAGGAAGGAAGAGGUCACCCAAGCCACUGGAAAGCCACGUAUCUUCUUAGACAGUUAAAGACUCAGGAGUUGAGAGCUGGUGGAAAAUACACCAGGCAUCUAUAUCAUCAAAUGGUUUUAGACAUUGUUUUUGUUUAUUUUAUUAUUUUUAGAUGGGGACUCACUAUACAGCUCUGGCUGGCCUGGAACUCUAUGUAGACCAGGCCAGUCUCAAACUUACAGAGAUCCGCCUGCCUCUGCCUGGGUUAAAGGCAUGCACCACCGUGCAGGGUGUAGAGAUUGUUUUUAACCUUAAAGAGUCUAUUGAGUUUAGCCCAAUAUUUUAGACUUCGUAUACUGACUUAAUUAUUAUUUUUGUUCUUUUAAUGCUUAUACUUCUUAUAAUUUAGUGUUUUUUAAUGAAGGUAUUUGCUAAUUUUCAAAAGUAGAAAAUAAUCUAUCAAACACCCACAAAUUUACCCCCAGAUUUGAACAUCAAGCUUUGGUCAUAUAUAUUUUUUGUGUUUUCACAUUCAUUUUCAGUUUCACCCCUCUCCCUUUCCUUCUUUAUUUCCUCCUUCCUUUCUUUCUUUCUGGAUCCCACCAAAUAGCCCAGGCUUGCUUUAGACUCUCAAUCCUCCUACCUCUGUGUUGAAUGCCAGCCAUGACUUCACUGGAAUGUUUACACGUAAUCCGUGCAUAUCACGUCAGUCCUCUGUGGUCUUUAGAGGAGUUAUGCAUCUUUACAGAUCACACAUACCUGCCAUCUUAGCACUAAGGAAAGAGUGGGUGAGCAGAAGGUUAAGAGGCCUUGGUCUACUCAGCAAGACCCUUUCUCAAGGGGAAUGUCACACAUCUUUAAAGGAGCAGAGCAUUUUCUAGCACACAUUUUCACAUGGACAAGUAAAUGUUUCAUACCAACAUGUGGAAAAAAAUAUAUACAUUCUGAUGAGCCACAGAUGGAGGACUUGGGGCUUCAGCAGACAGCUUCCUUCAGGGCUUUCCUUAGUCACAGGAUAAUCUGCAUUUCUUAAGGAAAUCUAUCUAUUUCUCAGGGGAAACAAUGCCUGAGGUGGAAAAAAGUGGCCACAUUGCCUAACAUGGAUCAACUGUGCAAGGCCAUUCUAGUUCCAGGUCUCCUGGGCUCUUGCUAGGCUCUGAGACCAACUAGAGCCUGUUUCCUAGGUAAUUCAACUGUGAUGCAAACUCUGAAUCAACAUCCCCCUAUGGUCACAAAACUCUUUAAGAGACUGUUUGUGGAGGGCUGGAGAGAUGGCUCAGAGGUUAAGAGCACUGGUCAUUCUUCCAGAGAUCCUGAGUUCAAUUCCCAGCAACCACAUUGUGGCUCACAACCAUCUAUUGUGAGAUCGGUGCCCUCUUCUAGGAUGCAGGCACAUGCACAGACAGAACUCUGUAUACAUAAUAAAUGAAUCUUAAAAAAUGAAAAAGAUUUGUGCUAGGUGUGGUGGCACUUGCCUUUAAUCCCAGAGGCAAGAGCAUCAUCAUAAGUUCAAGGCCAGCUUGGUUUACACAGAAAGUUCAGGGCUGGGCUACAGUGUGAGACCUUGUCUCAAAUAAAACCAAAGGAGGACAAAAGAGAAAGUUUGGGGUCAGCGUAGUGACUCAGCAGGUAAAGUCUCCUCCCACUAGGUCUGAUGAUCUGAGCUCUGUCUCAGGACCUACAUAUACAUGUACACACACACACACACAUACACACUACAUAUAUAGUAGAAAAUAAAGUGUUGCCUAAUCCAAAUUUCACAUAUUGAAUUUAGUUGUUGUUUCUUCUUGCUUGCUUUCUUUUAUUAAGAUGCACUUUUUAUUCUUGAAUUUCCCAUUGAUUUCAGUUGCAGACUUUCAGUUUAAUUAAGAGGCCCUUGGCUUAAAAACAAGACUAAAUUUAAGUAUGCCAUGCCUGGCAGAGUUAGCACCCACGGUAUCAAAACUGACGAAAUCAACAAAAGAACCCAAAAGUUGUCAAUACAGUAACAUUCACAAAAGGCUGUCAAAAAUAUCUCCUACAUUUGCUUAAUUUUAUAUGGCUUGUUUCUAUUGUUCCCCACCCUGGGCUUUUAAAAGAUCUAACAAAGGCCAAAUUUAAGGCUCAGAGUGAUGCUUUGCUCUCUACCCAUAUUCUGUUUCAAUCAACAUCCCCACUGUGUGCAGGCGCAGCUAAUGUGGCCCUUGCAAUGUGUAAGCCCUCCUUUCUUUUGCCUUAGCCAGUGACCUGCUGCAAAGUCAGGGUCAACUGUGCCCCACAUUCUGUUAUCUUCCCCAUCCCCCACGGUGGCACACAACACCCGCCAGCCUUCCAUAAAUGGCUAUCUCUUAGGCUUGUCUUCCUCCCAACCCAGGGGUUGGUUCUGCAGAAGUUUAUAUUGAAACAGUUGCCUCAUGGAGAGGGACGUGCAUCGUUUCCCUCAAACUGUUUGUGGACUACUCAAAUGUCCCUUUUAAAAUUAAAGCAGGAAACUGAAGGCCAGAGAGGGGAGGAGGCCCCGACCAAGUUACAGCCCAGUUCCCUGGCCUUCUUCCAGAAGACAUUCAAGAUCAGAGGACACCGAGUGUGGUGCAUACGUCCUGUGACUUUUAUCGCAGAGCUAGCUGUGCCUCUGCAGCACACGCUCUGCCCUUCUGUUCAGGUUGUGUUACAGCAGGAUAUGCCUGGACUCCAGGUCUUUUAAUCCUGAGCUGUGUUGUCAGCUUUGUUAUAAGUGGCACUGAGGACACUGUUUUUCCGAGCAAAGGCGUGUCCCUAAGCACAAGACGUUUAGUGGUUAAGUGGCAAGGAAAAGAAGAAAUUCGAUUCCACUGGAAGAGAGCUUGCCCUGGAGCACACAGAAGCAGCUCUUCUGGGCGUGGCUUUUGUCACUGUAUUUGAUAAGGUUGUGGCUGGGGCCCAGUGCGGCUGUGAGUUAACUAUACUUCUAGUCACAAGGUUGAGGCAGGAGGAUUGUUAAGUCUGAAGCCAAUCUGAGCUACAUAGUGAGUUCUGAACUAGACUGGGCAACUCAAGUCUUAAGAGGAAAAUAAAAAGGUGCAGGGGUAUAACUCCAUGGUACUAACACACAAGACUUUGGAUUCAGUUCCCAGCACUGGACAAAUAGAAACCAAACCAUACAUACACUGGCCAAGACUUUUUCUGAAGCAAGACUGGAUCUGGCCCAGGCGGUCCUGCAGAGGCUGUUGCACUAACCAAGGACCAUGCAUGGAGAGCACCCGAGCCCCCUGCUCAGAUGUAGCCCAUAGGCAGCUCAGUCUCCAUGUAGAUCACCUAGUAAGGGGACCAGGGGCUGUCUCUGACAUGAACUCUGUUGCCUGUUCUUCAAUCACUUUCCCUGAUCACUUCCACAGAGGAAGAGGAUGCAGGUAGUCCUGAAGAGACUUGAUAGUCUGGGGUCAAUUGGUAAGGAAGGAGAGUUUCCUCGUUCUUCGAACUAGGAGACAGGGAUGGGGGAAAGAGGAAGGGAAGGUGGAACUAGAAGGAGA